AGUAACCUGCAGGUGUCCCCGGGGUCCUACCCUGAUAGUGGUUGGUAUGAAGAUGAAUUUCAUUAUUUUCCGUUGUAACAUAGACCACUCCCUUCUCUAGGCCGCUUCCACUCAAGUAACAAAGCUGUAAUCUUACAAGCUAGACAUUCCCUUGUGUAUACGCUCUUUCAACUUCAGGUCCGACGCAGAUCAUCCGCACCGGGAACUUGUACCAUUCCUGCCUUACAAAUCGCGCAAUGCGGGUCACUACGAUUCUCGGUUUUCUCUCUACAGUCAUUUCUUUUAGUUUCGCUAACACUCAUGGCAACCACUGGGGCAGACGUCACCAAGAAGUCGCAAUCCGCGCUCGUGGUGAUGUGGAUGUCCAUAAGCGUUCCUUCGAUAAUGCUCGGUUCACCUUCUAUGAUGUCGGCUUGGGUGCUUGCGGGGACUACAGUGCUCCCACUGACUUUAUCGUGGCGCUAAAUGUCGAUCAGUACGGCAGUGGAUAUCCAGGCCCAAUGUGUUUCUUGUCAAUUACGAUUUCUUAUGGUGGAAAAACAGCCCAAGCUGUUAUCAUGGAUGAGUGUAUGGGCUGUCCUUAUGGUGGACUUGACUUCUCUACCGGUCUUUUCGAGUACUUCGCAGACGAGUCGGUGGGUGUACUCUACGGGUCGUGGUGGUUCAAUAGCGAUACUGCUGCUACCACUACCAGCUGGACUCCUACCACCACCUCAUCCUGGACUCCUGAACCUACAACGUCCACGACCCCAACGACGACAUGGACUCCUCCUACCACCUCCUCGACUCCAACGUCAUCGUGGACGCCUCCUACGUCUUCAUACACUCCCACUCCCACCACCACCACCAGUUCCACUCCCAGUUCCACUUCCACUUCCAGCUCCAACUCCCCCUCCUCGACCCCUACCCCCUCCUCGGCCUUGCCUACGACCGUCAAUUACAGCUCUGGUGUGGGCAGUGGGAUUGCUGUCCCCACUGGAACCGCUGUGGCUGCGCCAAACAGCGCCAACCCCGAGAAUCUUCUGGUCUUGAAUCAAGCCAUAAUUGAUAUUGCGAGCAUGCUAGUAGCUGCAGAGGACGGUAUUUAAGGUUGCCCCUUAGGACAUUUCAUCUGGACACGGAAUGCAGUACGCAGUGUCUAUCUUUAUUACAAUAUUUUGUUCCAUCGCUUCUUCAUAUUUUUCACAGCUUUUCUGCACAUUGACUUUGUAGAUUUGUCGCAGUGCUGUUUAUACCCUCAACGUUACAUUGCAUGAAUAUGCCGACUGUGAACUUGCUAGUCAUAUGUUCCCGUAGUCAUACAUAUGUAAAAUUCAUGUUGUUGUUCUUUGAGUUGAACUCAAACCAUGAAGUACAGUAGGAACAAGUGAAUGAUACCAUUUGUCGUUGUAAAAUACAGGUCUAUGCAACACU